AUGUACAGCGUUGCCAUCAAAGAACUACGACGACGAUAUGGACCACUCGGCAUCAUCAUCAAUGACUUCAUCAACAGAAUACAGAGCUUCAAGCAACCGUCAACUCAUCGCAAAGUUUCGUUCAUGGAGUUCUCUACAUUCAUCAGUAACACUGAAGCCAAGGGGGCUUGGGCUUCCCUGCUUAUUUCCCUGAUUUAUCAACUUCCCUCCGUCAAAAAAGUAAACAGAGGGUUUUCAGGGAAAUAUAACCUACCCUCAUUUCCCCUUAGAACAAUAUGUGGGCCGAAGCCAUUGAAAAUUUCGUUGAAUGACGAUUACCUGAGUGGCGCGAGGGAGAGGGGGAGGAGCAAUCACAUUCCGUCGAGUCCUUCGAGGAACUACCAGGAAUCCAAUCUGGACAACAUUAACGAGAAUUCUAACGAGGAAGACACCACAGAAGAAGAAGAACAGGCGCAAGAUUCCAAUAAACCCACCGAGGAUCCUUGGAUUCAAGACGUCGUCAAAAACAGCCGACUACUAUCCGGUGACGACAGCAAAUUGGCCCAGUUUCACUUUGCCGAGAGUGGGCCGAGCGACGAAGAUGAGUCUGCGGGGGAUUUGGCGUCGGCGGCGGCGGCAGGUGUGAAGCGAACGUCUUCUUACCGGAAGCAUAAUGGAUCUCGGUCUUCGAGUGGGUAUGCAGCAGUUUCCACAGGCUCUAAAUCAAUUCUGCUGAAAAGAAGCAGCAGCAUGCUUUCGAAUAACAGCUCAUCAAAUAGUCUCGAGAAGAAGCAGGGAACACCAGUAGGCGAGUACAGCUACGCAAGUUCCGAGGCAGUGGCACAGAUGGCCCAGGACUAUUUGCCCCCCUCCAGACGUUCGUGGGGGGACGUGAGUUUGUGCAAGAAGAGUUGCAAGUGUUUCUUCAUCUAUUGUUUCCUCAUCUUCGUACUACUCGCUUGUCUGACAGAAUGCUGGAUUUGCUGUAUAAUUCGGCGGAUUUCGGAAUAGCAUACGAGAGAGCUGCUACAUCACUCGUGGCUCACGAAAUGGCUCAUCAGUGGUUCGGCAAUUUAGUGACUAUGAAUUGGUGGGACAAUAUCUGGCUGAAUGAAGGAUUUGCCACUUUCAUGAGUCAAGUGGUGCUGGAACACAUCAGACCAGAUCUGAGAACCAGAGAGACAUUCUACACCGAUGGGAAGCUGUCAGCUGCGUUGCAUUCAGACGCCUUUUCUCACUCUCAUCCUAUCUAUAUGCCCGAUAAAGGCAGUUUUGACUCCAUAACCUACUGGAAGAGCUGUGGCCUUCUCUCCAUGUUGGAACAGGUCAUGGGCAAGGAGAACUUCUUCGCGGGAGUCGGCAGGUACUUGGACACUUUCAAGUUCAGCAACGCGGACGUCAAUGACCUCUGGGCAAUGAUGACGCUAGGGUCAAAUCACUCGCUUGGAAACAUUUCACAUCUGAUGAAUAAAUGGCUGAAUUCUGAACACAUUCCGAUUGUGACUGUUUCCUUUGAUGACGAGAACAUCCACCUAUCGCAGAAACCCUACUGCUACAUGUGUUCGGUUGUCUUUGAGUCAGCACAAAACUACACGCCAUGGAUCAUACCUCUGACGUACACAUUUCCCAAUGAUGUCGCUGGAUCCUUCAGAACAAUUCUACUGGAAGAAACUUCUGCAACAAUUCCUUUGAACAGAGCCAGGCCCGAUUGGAUUAAAUUCAACGCAAAUGGAACUGGCCUUUACAGAGUGUUCUAUGCAAAUGAAGAUAGCCUCAAGGAGUUCGAGAAGACCAUGAAGUGGGGUUUUGAGACACGUGACAGAUACUCCGAUGUGGAAGAUCAUGACUUGCACCUUCCUUAUAUGGACCGAGGAAACUUAAUUGUGGAUGCACUUGCUUCUGCCAAAAUCGGUCUAAUUUCCUACAGGAAAGCAAUUCAGUUCUCUUCGUCUGUCCUUAUGAUCGAAAACAGCCAAGGAACGAUUGGACUGGCCCUGGAUUUGAACUUUGGACUCGGUGAUGUGUUUGUGCGACUGACCAGACACGGAUACGGAUACUUGGUUGACAAAUUCGUCAUAAAACACUUGGGGAGACUGUAUCCUGGCUUUGACAUGGAAAACUGGAAAGACCCGCCGAACGGUAUACCCGAAGAUUUUAACGCUUUCAUAUUAAAACUGCUUUGCUAUCACGGAUACGAACCAUGCCUGAAAGACAGUUUCGAGCUUUUUUCAAAAUGGAAAAACGACAAAAAUCGUCACCAAAUGGUUAUUCAUCCAUACAUUAAGGAUGCCAUUUUUCCAACUGUUUCACGACACGGUUCGAUUGAAGACUGGGAAUUUAUGUAUAACCGAACGGAAUCAAAUUUAGACGAUUUGUCUUUAUUCCAAUUAUGGCUUACGAAGGACUCAAAUCUGAUUCGUCGGAUCCUGAACGAGCGAUUUUUUUCAGCCAAUCAGAUACAAGCUCAGGGCCCAAAAAUUCUAAAUACGAUGUACUUAGCUUGUCGAAAUAACAUGCCAGCUUCAAUGGUUGUGUGGAAUUUCAUCAAAACUAAUUGGAAUCAGCUUAGUUUGACCUUUGCUGGGGUAGAUAUUUUCGGCGAACUUUUACUGUCUAUUUUCUCAAACUUUGACUCAACCAGCUCAUUACAUGAACUUUUACACGCAGCAUCAACUUUGGAAGAUUUGAAUGAUGGAUUUUACUAUUCAUUGUCUCUUGAAAGUAUAACUUUUAAUAUUAGGUGGUCAAAAUUUUACCUUGCAGAGUGUAUAAAAACUCUUGAAGAUUUAACAAAAUAGCAAAAAACUACCAUUUUUGUACUUUUUUAUUGCAGUUAUCAUACUUAUCAAAAAAUGUUUAGA